UGACAUAGGUUCAGAUACAAGAAGUGUUGAUGAACCGAGUGGAAGCGUCUAUGGUGUUACUAGGUGGGGUUUUGCUGCUUCAGCAGCUUGCCGAGGCAAGCACCAGUGUGUCAUGCAUCCUGAGGACAAAGAUGACAGUGAGCCCUCGACAUCAGGUGUUCAUGAUAGUCCUAUACUACGCAGAACAGCCUCGUCUCCUGGCAUUUGCAGCUCUAGCACAAGACGAUGGAGCUGUGUUGUUGGGGCCCUUGCUGGUGAUGCUCGUGGUGGUAUUGGCUGUGGUGUUGACACCAAAAUCAAAAAUACGGGUGUACUUGUGUGGGAGGAUUGUGACAAUUUUGUCCCACAAAUUCCAGCAUUUGAUGAUACCGAUGUUGGUGUGACACCCUUAUUCCCCUAUACUGGUGAUGAUAUGGCUGAAAUUGAUUAUUUUAUGGCAUAUUUCGAUCAGCCAUUCAUGGACCAUCUCGUUGCAGAGACGAACCAAUAUGCUCUGCAACUCAUUGCCUCUGGAAUUUUACCUGCCUCUCGAAUGACACGUUGGAAAGACACGACUAUUGAGGAAAUGUAUGUGUUUUUAGCGUUGUGCAUGAUGAUGAGGCAUGCAGAUAAACACGUGAUCCAGGAUUAUUGGAACAAAGACAGCCUUGUUCCAACACCCUUGUUCAACAGACUGUGGAAAGUGCGGAAGAUAUUUAGUGAUUUGAGAGGAAAGUUCCGUGACUAUUUUGUACCAGCACAGAAUGUCAUGAUUGAUGAAUCGCUAGUUCUCUUCAAUAGACACCUGGCAUUAAAGCAGUACAUUCCAUCAAAGCGGCACAAGUUUGGACUAACGUUCUUCGUGUUAUGUGACUGCGAAACUGGUAUUGUCGUGGACAUGAUAUUGUAUUCAGGUACAGAUGUUGACAUACCAGGUCAAGAUCCACACGGGUUCUCCGGCAGUGUCGUGAAAACACUCGUGGAACCGUUGCUGAACAAGGGGCAUAUUCUGUACACUGACAACUACUAUACCAGUCCCUUGCUGACCAGAUUCCUCCUUGACCACAACACCGGUGUAUGUGGCAUUGUCAAGGCCCACAGAAGGGAAAUGCCAGUGUUUGGCAUUGGUAUUGCAGUGGGUGAAUGCCAGCUGAGAAAGUGUGAUCAAAUGUUAUCAGUGCGCUGGAAGGACAGCCAGGAGGUGAACAUGUUGACAACUAUUCACACCGGUGCCAUGUUGGACAGUGGCAAAGUCAACUUUGCAACAAGGUUAGCAACGUAUAAACCUGAUUGUAUCAUUGACUACAGUGUAAAUAUGCAGUUAGUAGAUAAAUGUGACAUGAUGGUUGGUGCCGUCGAGUGUGUGAGUAAAUCUGUGAAGUGGACCAAGAAAUUGUUUUUCCACCUCGUUGACGUUGUAGUGCUGAACUGUUUCAACACGUAUCUCGUGAAAUCUGGCAAGAGACCACCAAUCCGUACAUUCAGUGUUGCUCUAGUGUCACAACUACUGGUGAAGUAUGGGGUGGAGGGCAGUGUUGUACCGCGUGGGGUGCCAGCAACAAUGCCUCACGCAGUUCCUGACAGACUCAGGGGUAAAGAAAUUCUGUCUGUACACAAGCUUGGUUAUAUGCCAGGCACAGGAUCACGGCAAAAGGGUAAACGUGCCUGCAUUGUUUGCAAGAACACGCAACGUAGGGAACAGAAGCGAAGAUCCAUCUGCACCUGGUGCGUUGAGUGCAAAGUUGCCUUGUGCCCCGUUGACUGCUUCAGUGAUUAUCACACACUCUCGCAGUUCUAA